AUGUUGGAAUGGUCGAGGUGGUUGGGAUGUUCUGCCGCAAAACGCCCGCCGACAUUAACCACAACAAAGCGGCUUCGGCCGAUUCAUCUUCGUCAGCCGAAUUUUACAUCAACCGACCCGCCGUCCCGACGUCUCAGCCUGACGGGAGCUCGGCAGGUGGAGUUGCCUGUGGUGCAGUUGCAGCAGAGAAUUGUGGAAGUGCCUGCCGUGGAGAUUCAUGAGCAACCUAGUGAGGUUGUGAAGGUCGAGGUGAGGGAAGUAGUACGACAAGUGCCAAAGGUUGAGGUGCAAUAUGUUGAGAAGAAGGUCCCGAAACAGGUGAUCCAAUACGUGGAGAAGACAGUGGAAGUGCCGCAAGUUGUCUACGAAGAGGUGAUUGUGGAAAUCCCGGAAGUGGAAGUCAAGGAGCUUGUUCGCCAGGUUCCAGUGCCUGUUGUGCAAUACGUGGACAAGCACGUGGCCAAGCGGAGCCUGCGGGCAGUGGAGAAGGUUGUCCAUGUUCCUCAAGUCUUGCAUGAGGAGCAGAUUGUGGAGAUCCCACAAGCAGUGGCAGUCGAGGUCGCCAUCCACGUGCCGAAGGUCUCAUACUCGGAAAUUCCAAAGGAGUUCCCGAAGAUCAUUCUGGAGCCUCGAGAAAAGGUGGUGGAAGUGCCUGUCAGAUUGGCCGAAGAGCAGCUGGUGGAAGUGCCACAGAUUCAGAAGGUGCCCGUGGUCAAGCAGAUGCUUUGCCCAAGCAUGCAGUGCAUGGAUAAGCCGGUGCCGCUGGUGGAGACGAAGAUCCAAGAGCGCCAGUUGCAGGUGCCCUACACCUUGCAAGAGGAAGCCAUUCAGGAAAUCCCGCAGCAGCAGGUUGUGGAAGUCAGGCGUGAGGAGCUGCAGCCAGUGGCGGAAGAGGUGAUCAAGCAGGUGCCGAGGUAUCAAGUUGAGUACAUCGAGAAGGUGGUCGAAGUCCAGGACCUCAAAGACUUGGAGGAGAGAGCAGCGAGGCUGCGCAGACUGGGAUAUCGGUCCUACUUGCUGGUCAAUGCCGACGGACACAGUGACACAGGUUUGUGCAGACUUGUAGCAGCGGCGGAAAUUCUUUCGCGGCAGAACUUGGAACCGAUCUUGGCUUUGGACUUUGAGCGGAUUCGAUCCGAGGAGUUGCCCUUCCAUCUUCGCUGCUUCAGCAUCCUCAGGCUUCCUUUGAGCCCAGCUCAGGAUGUGAAGCGCCGUUGGGAUGACUUUCAGCGAGCCCUGUCAUGCCACACAUCGGCGCAGAAAGCAUUUCAACUCCGCGGGAAGGAGCUCGGCAUUCUGCUGGAAGCAGACUGGCUGCAGGCAUCCGAGUCUCGAGCUGCAGAAGUGGCAGGCCGUGUCAUGCACCGCCUGGUGUCGCAGCUUUCUUUUGCAAAAAACAAAGCCCUGAUGCUGCUUCCUCGGCACCUGGGGCACUUGCAGGAGGCAAAGUUUUCAAAGGCGCGGAUCUGCAGGCUGAAGCCAACUAUUGGAACGCUGCUGAAUAUGGCCGACUGGUUCCGACGGAAUUGCGAGCCCUCCGCCGUUCAUGUGCUCGCUGAUGACUUUGCUCCUGCUCGGGCUUGCCCUCAAUCCGGACUCGAUGGCUACUGGAUCGGCGAAGACGCCGCGCUGGCCCAUCGAACAGUUCCGAGUCCGAGUCCGGGUCCGAGUCCGGGUCCGAGUCCGAGUCCGGGUCCGAGUCCGAGCGAGUUCAUGGAGGAACUGCUCCAAGCUCAUCCGUUGAGCGUCUUGGUGACCCUGGAGGCUUUGGAGCGAGGAUUGGACUCGGCGGCCUCCAAAGCCAUCCCCGGGCUCGGGGUGAGCGAGACGGAAGCGUCCGAGGCGUCCGCGGCGUCCGCGUCCGCGUGGGAGGAGACGUUGACGAAGGCGGUGACGGACCGCCGCGGCAAGGUGCCCCCGGGGUCCAUCUGCGACUUCGCCGCUCAGAUCUUCCUCUCCUGGCGGCGAGCCCUGAAGAAUCUCGCGAGUCAGAACUUAAGCCUCACAGGCAGCUGUCACCCUGCCACCACCCAAGCGUGUCUUCAUGCAGUCCUUCACCUAUUGCAGCAGGCCAUCGGCCGACAAAGCGUGCAAAGCAGUGGUGGCCGCGAAGGAGCAGUCUGCAGAGAGGCUAUUACUUCUGCCGCUGCCGCUUAUGCCGCUGGCAGCCAUGGAUCAGCGCAGAGGAAACGAGACAUGGUCCGGGAUCCAGGCCGCAGGCUUAACUGCCGCUUGCCUGCUGACUAUGGCAGAUCUGCGAGCCGGAAAAUGGAGGUUUCGAGACUAGAGGUUUUGAGGCUGGGCUGGCAGGCGUUGAAUGUCGCAGCUUUGGCUCGAAGACAUGGACGACGAGCCCCGCCACUUCUUUGGGCCCAGCAGAGAUGUCGCCGAGGGCGGCACGGGCAUGGCCCCCCCUCGCAUGGGGGAGACCCCUUGAGUGGCGCGGACGCGGAAGCGCUGGCGUCUGUGGUGGGGCCGAGCACCUUACCAGAGGCCUGGCAGCAAGGCUUCUUCUUCGCUGGCUACCAGCCGUAUGGCUUGCAACAGGUGAACGGAGGACCAUGUGGCGUUCUGGCCGUCAUCCAGGCCUUUCUGAUCCGUGCGCUGCACUUCCGUGCACCGAGUCCUGCAGCCUUGCUGGAGGUUGAUGAGAACCUUCGCCAAGAAGCACUGAUGGACGCUUUGGCCGAGGUUCUGUUCAGAAACGUUGGGGACAACAAGAAGGCAUUCAUUCUGAUCCCAAGUUCUGCAUCAGCUCAAGUACUUGGUGGGUCGCAACUGAGAUGUUUGCAGCCUGCCCUCUUCACCUCGUACGACCAGCUGCGGCACCAUCUAGGUCAAAGGCCAUACCGAGACAUGUUCUUCAACCCCUCCGGCUGCGGAGUGCCGCUCUAUCUCUUCUCCAUGGUUUGGACCCGCGGUGUCGAAAGCUGCAGAGAGAGAGACUUCGAUGAUCCCAAAACGGGAGCAAUGAUCGGUGGUCAUGGCUACUGCACGCAGGAGUUGGUCAAUCUUAUGAUGUUCGGCCGCGCGUAUAGCAAUGUCUUUGACGGCACCAAGCGCUUGGGUACCGCCAAGGAUGGCUGGCUGGUCUUGCAGGGCGCACCGCGCCGGGCUUGCAUUGGCUUCCUCUCACUCUUCGAGGCGUAUGGCUGCAUUGAGGUGGGCAGCCGCUACAAAGGGCCAACGUGCCCUGCAUGGGUGGUAUGUGCAGAGUCACACUACACCGUCCUCUUCUCAGCAGACGCCUCCCACAACCCCCAAGAUUCCGACCAGGCGGUGGACUUGUUCUAUUUUGAUCAGCUAGCACGGCAAUCGGAGCGCAUACGCCUCACAGUCAUCCCAAAGCAGCUUCCUGCACACCUCAGCACUGGCUUUGAGGAGAGCGAGUCAAUGAUCGACCGCUGCAUCCGGACAAAGUGGAAGGAAGCCAUGGUCGACUGGAAUGGAAGUGAAGUCAUUUUGUGA